CUCGCAUGCAGUUUUUGAGGCCGAGUAGAGUUUGAGCGGAACGGUGGAGCGGAGGGGCAUCGCUUGCAGCUGAACGGACAGAGAAAUAAACACUUCACAAGAUCUCAUUCUUUUCUGGCCUGUGGUGUGAGGAUGGCGAACACCCGAAUUUCAAGUUAUCUACCACCUGACAUUGAUCCAACAAAAGCCCCGAUUGCUUUUGGAGAGAGGGCUUUACCAAAACUGAAAGAGGAGCUUGGAGACCCCAAACUUAUUACUCGUCAGAGAGCAUUGAUGGCGUUAUGUGAUCUUGUACACGAUCCUGAGAAUGUCUAUAAGGCUGUGACUUUGGGUUUCUUGGAAAGUCUCAAAUAUUUACUGUAUGACCAAGACUGCACUGUCCGAGAAAAAACAACAGAGGUCUUCUACAUCAUAGCGGGGCACAACGUAGGAAGGGAAGGUAUCUUGAGAAGUGAUAUUAUCAUUGCUCUAUCCCAGCUUCUGGAUGAUCCUGUUGAUAUCUGUAGGAGGAACGUGCACCAAACAUUUGAGAUGUUGGCUGAGCUCCCAGCAGGUGCCUCUGCCCUAGUGGAAUCAGACCUGCUGUCACAACUGGUGAACAAACUGGAAUGUGAACAAGAAGACAUUCAGCAGCUGAUCUUGGAGACUUUGCACUUCUGCCUGCGGGUUGAUGCUAUACAGGCCCUCAGUGCUGGAGCUGUUGGCAUCCUGAAGAAGAAGCUCAGCCACCCAUUAGUUGGCAUCCGGAGGAACGCUGCCUGUGCCCUUAUGGAUAUCUGCGUGCCACGAGAAGGGAAGAACAGAGUGUGUCAGGAAGAUGUGGUCCCACUACUGGUACAGUUACUAGAUGACAGUGAUGCUGAAGUGAGAGCUAAUGUUGCCGGGGCUUUGAUGAACAUCACUAUCACCACUCAAGGGAAAUAUGCUGCUUUUCAUUGUGGAGCCAUCCCCAAACUGCUAGCCUUGGUGACAGAUGGUCAUAGCAGGGUGCGACUCAACUGUCUUAAAGCACUGACCACACUAUCUGAAGCCCCUGAGGGCCGUAAGGUGCUGCUUCAAGAUGUGAAUAUAGUCCAAGGAUGCCUGAUGGACACUAGUGAGGCAGUCAGAAGAGCAGCUGAUAUUGCUGUACAAGUCAUAUUGUGGAAACCAUGAGCCGGCACUGUCCCACUACCUGCAGUCACCAAGGCUUCUGAUUCUAAUGGAAGGAUCUAUGACUUCUACCUACUGAAAAAAACAUCUGAUAUACUGUAGUGUCUUAACAAUGCAAAAUAAU